GUCGUGCUGAUCUUACUUUAUUUUUCCCUUCCUGCAGCUCCAGGAAGGCUGUGGGGCGCCGCCCCUGAGUCACCAACCAUACCAUCGUGUCGUUGAAGGACUCUUACGACCCGGGUGGGGGAAAGGAGCCUAUAGAUCACAGCCAGGACUACGACCCGGAAUGAGCAACAUGUUGUGUCAGGGGCUGAAUAUCGGCCGAAGAUUUGUCAUGCGUGCACACACAAGAUUAGCAUUUACUGAAACGCACACAGCACCAUGUCCUACCAGCUUGAUGCACAACGCGUAUCUGGGCAGAGUACUAUCUGUUCGAAUGAUGAGCUCCCGGACAGGUAAAGGCUCAUUCAAACCCAUGAGCCUUUUGUUGUUACUGGUUCCUGUUGGUACGUUCUGCCUUGGGACAUGGCAGGUUCAGCGCAGAAAGUGGAAGCUGAACCUCAUAGCAGAGUUAAAAGCUAAGACCACCACACCUCCGAUUAACCUUCCACAAGAAUUGUCAGAACUUGAGGACUUAGAGUAUCAACAAGUGAAGCUAAUUGGCUCUUUUGACCAUAGCAAAGAAGUCUUUGUUGGGCCACGUUCACUCCUGGCACAGGUUAGUGGAGACGUGCACGAAGCGGGAAGUGGACUCAUUUCUUCUGGUCAAAGCGGCUAUCUUGUCAUCACACCUUUCAAGUUGAUUGAUAGAAAUUUAACAAUAUUAAUUAACCGAGGAUGGGUGUCGCGUAAUCAGACAAAUCCUGAGAGCAGAUUUGAAGGACAAGUAGAGGGACCCGUAGAACUUACAGCAUUGGUGCGUAAGUCCGAGAACCGUGCACCUUUCAUGCCCAAAAACAUGAUGGGCUCUACAGUGUUCACUUACAGGGAUGUUCCAGCAAUGGCCAAGCAGUUGGGUACUGCACCGGUGUUUCUAGAUGCAGUUGACACCACCCCUGGAGGACCACGAGGUGGCCAGACUCGGGUAACCAUGCGUAAUGAGCAUCUCUCAUAUAUUUUAACUUGGUGCGGGCGUGCGGGCGUCAGUAUGUCUUCAACACUACCUCGUACACGAAGUGUGAGUGCCGCCUCCUCCUCUUCCAGCGCCGCCUCCGCCUCCAAGGAGCGCGUGCGUCCAGUGUCGGUGUGCGACGCCUCCUGGCUGGCCAAGAUGUCGGCGGGGGAGGAGAGGCAGCAGGCCAGGCUGGUGAGGACGCCCUCCCAGGCCAACACCCUGGCCACAACCGUCCCGCAGAGCCUGGUCGUGAAGAACCUGGGCGGCAGGCACACCCCUACCAGGAGCAGCCUCAGACACUCCCGCAUGCUCGUCCUCGCUAAAAACGGCUACCCUGUGCGUGGGCGGCGGUGGCCGACGGGCGGCGUGGGGCGCGUGGGCGUGCUGGUGGUGACAGCCCAGGUGUUGGUGGGCGUCAUGGGCGUGACGCUGGCCGCCUGGUUCCUAGUGUGGGCGCCUUCACUCAAGUUCAGAGAGGUUCCCCACUAUGCUGGUGUCCCGGUGCUCCUGGCGGGGGUGUUGGGCGCCGUGUGGAUGGCCAGCUGGCGCAGACGUCGUCCCGCCUCCCUCGCCUGCGUCCUCAAGGGAGUGUUGGUGGCGCUGUGUUGCGUGAGUGUAGUCACCUGUCUGUGUGUGUGUAUCUUCACCGCCCUACACCUCACCCAGCUGGCCGCCAUGACCUGCCACCCGCGCCACGCCGCCCUCCCACGCCCGCUACCUAACGCCCACUACCACCACGCCCCACUACCCGCAACGCAACACUCCCUCACCACCCAAAUACCCUUAAAAGAGCUACCGAGGCACCAUCUAUCGGGCGGCGAGGACGACGAAGACGAGGCGGAGGGAAGCGGUCGGGAGCCCCGGGACCUGCCGGUCAGCCACCCUCCUGACGAGGGACAGCCGUUCCCGACAGCGAGGGCGGAGGAUGUGUUGAACGUGACGUUCUGUGAGUGUGUGAAGAGCGGCCCCACCUGGGUGCGCAUGUUGAGGUACCCGAAGCUGUCGUGUCUGGAAGUGAACAACAUGUUGCCGGUGUUGUUGGUGGCCUCGUGUGUCGUCACCGGCCUCGGCGCCCUCCUCUCCGGCCUCCUUCUCUACCUCCUCUGGUCUUUCACCUCCAGUUUCUUUGGUCCUGCCAAACCUUAUGAAACGCGCCCGUUUAUAUUUACGAGUCAUUUAAAAGGCAACAUCAAGGCCAGUAAUGGUUCGAGCCCCAGAGAGACCAACGGAGACUCAGAAUUCAGCUGACCAAGGCCUGCAGCGAGUUACAACAACACUUGGUCAGGCGAAAUGUGACGAAAUUACAUGAAUUUACCUGCGGCCCACUAAUAUUAGUGGCCUCGACGAGGACAGAAAGCCGGUGGCUUGUCGAAGGUCUCCCCCCCCCCCAUUUGCGUUGAUCUUUCCCAGUUGGACUUUAAAAUUUAACAGCGUUCUGACAUUUACGGCUUCGGCGGGUAGGCGGUUUGACGGAUUUACAACCCUGUGGGUGAAAAAGCAUCUGUUCUCAGAAAUCAAUGUAAAUUGGCAAGACAAGAGACAAGUGAGAUCUUGGAGACCGUCGGCCAGCACCACACAAGCGAGGGAAGAGUGCCACACUUUGUACCUGCUUACAGUGCCUUUCUUAAGUAACCCAAGUUACAAGUCUACCUUGUACCGUGUACCAACUCAGGAGAGACGGUGCACUGUGUUCAACUCCAGUGCUCCUGGUGUGUUAUGUUUUAGAAUCUCACACGGUAAACAACAUGAUCACUCGGUAGACAACGUGAUCACUCGGUAGACAACGUGAUCACUCUGUAGACAACGUGAUCACUCGGUAGAGAACGUGAUCACUCGGUAGACAACGUGAUCGACACGUUAAAGUGAUCACAUGGUAGAUGUGGUAUACCGCGUGAUCACAUCUACCAUAAAGUAAUCACGGUAGAAAACGUGAUAGAUCGUUAUCACAGGGUAGAUAAAGGUACUCCAACGGUAGAUAAAAUGAUCAGAGUAGAUACAGUUAUCUCACUAUAUUAAAUGAUUACACGAUAACGCAGCAUGAUGGUAACCACACGAUAGUCAGCAGCCCACAGCUCCGUAUACUGACGCAGGAGUUCUGCACCGGGGGUUACCAUACUCCUUGGAGACCAUGGCAACCAUACACUGAAAUUAGAUUAAAAGUGGAGCCUGGCUCCUGGCCGGGGUCGGGAAGUAGGACACCUCCCGAAACCCUGUCCAGGUAUGAUCCUGGUAUGCUCCAGGUAUGAUCCUGGUAUGCUCCAGGUAUGUUCCUGGUAUGCUCCUGGUAUGUUCCUGGUAUAAUUCACCGUCAUGUAUCUUUAUCUCGCGUGUGUACAUCAACACAGCUGAAGAUGGCAUCAUGCAGCUUUACUAUUAAAUGUUGCUAUUCGAUCUAAAAUAGUUUAAUGAGUAUCUGUGCCUGUGUUUGUAAGAAUAUUUAACCUUAAGUAACCUGAUCUUGAGACGAGGGAUAGUCUUCACGGUGAGUCUGACGACGUGUGCGGCCAGGAAACCUAUGGAGCCACGGACAGUCUGCCUGGCACUAACAUGAAGCGCUGAAUCUAUCAAAUUGUGCUCACACUGAAAGCUUUAUUGAACUUCAUAAUUAAGUGAAGUGUUUAUUGUAUAAGUGACCUUAAUCUUCAUAUGUACCCUGUGUAAAUACUUAUAUAACACAUGACAAUAAAUGAAUAAUUUCUA